ACUAGCUGCGCGCAGCUAUAUUUUUGCUCUAAACUUGCUGUACGAAUCUUCAACCCACGGGAGUCAUGGCCGCACUUUCUGUGCUGUUUCUGUUCCUCUGCGUGUCUCUCGGCACGGCUGUGGACACAGAGGGCGAGGAAGACUCGUGCCCAAAGCAGAUGUCGAACAGUAACGUGAACAAUAUCACCGUGGUGGCCCCGACUGGACCGGCGGGAGCUAAGGGGGACACGGGCCCGUCCGGACCGAGAGGCGUACGCGGGGAGAAGGGGGAGACGGGACUGCCCGGGAAGCUGGGACCAGAGGGACAGGAGGGGGCGAAGGGGGAGAAAGGAGCACCGGGACAGAAGGGGGAACAAGGCGCUGAGGGGUUCGGUGGAGGAGCUGUGUACAUCCGAUGGGGCCGGACGUCGUGUGACGAGGGUGUGGGCACGGAGACGGUGUACUCCGGACGUGCCGGCGGGCCGAUGUACAACGAAGCGGGCGGAGGGAGCAACUAUCAGUGUCUGCCGACCGAACCCGAGUGGGGACGGUACGAGGAUGGAGUGCAGGGCUGGAAGUCGUACAUGUACGGUGCUGAGUACGACCUGAACACGAACGCUCCGUACGACGCGGCCAGCCUGCAGCACCGGGAGGUCCCUUGCGCCGCCUGCUACAGCCUCUCCCGCCGCGCGCAUCUCAUGAUCCCCGCUCGGCAGUCCUGCCCAGAGGGGUGGACUCAGGAGUACCGAGGGUACCUGAUGGCGGGUUAUCACGGGCACAGCAGCCGGACGGAGUUCGUGUGCAUGGACGCGGAGGCCGAGGCGCUGCCGGGCGGGGAGGGAGACGAAAACGGCGCGCUGUUCUACCCCGUGGAGGCCCGCUGCGGCUCGCUGCCGUGCCCUCCCUACGUGGAGGGCAGGGAACUCACCUGCGUCGUCUGCACCAAAUAG